AUGUUUGAAGAAAUGGCUGUCCAAGAUACGCCAGUUUUGAAUCCAACCGAAGAGCAUUACUUGAAAAGAGAAUUGCUUCGAUAUCAACUGGAUCAUGAAAUUGAAAAGCUAAAUGACCGGUUUGCGUUGAGAAAUUUUGGCUACCCAUUUUCAUCAAAUGAUCCAAAGGCUUCGGAGCCCAUUUCUGAUAAUGAUUUGUCGUCAAUAUCUGGUGGCAAAGGGCACUUUAGCGUAAAUUAUCCCAUGUUGAGUUAUGUUUUACAAGAAUUUGUAUCUACAUUCCCUUUACUUUCAGCUAAUUUAUUGGUCGACGAGAAGUUUUGGCAGAAUAAGGUUCAAGUGUUUUUUGAGCAUUUUAUGAGUCUUGGCUUUAGUGAAAGCUACGAUAGGGAAGAAGCUUCGAAGAGGAAGAAAAUUUCAAAAAAGUUAUCAAAAGUUAUUCUGUUGCUUUUUAAUUCCGGUGUCGGGUCUUCCCAAGAGAAAGUGUACUAUAAUGAAGACAAAUUUGUUUUACAAUCGGGUCAAGCAAGGAAAAGAUCCAACAUCGAAAAAUUUGCCAUGCCAACCAGAGAAAAUUUGGAAAAUUUGUUGACUAACGAAUCUGUUUUCAUAAAUGGUUGGGACAUAAACAUUAUAUCUGUGUUUAAUAAAAAUGCACGGAAAUAUACCGAAAAGGUGGACAAUGGUAGAGCUAUCAAAACUACACCAACCUCAAGCCCUAAAAAUCAUGGUAUAAAGUCAUUCGCAUCUACUUCCAAAUGGAUGAAGAAUGCAUUCAACAGCACUAUCAAUAGUACCAUAAAUAGUAUGCCUGAGUCCUCCGCAUCUUUGUUUUCGAAGUUAUCUCUUGGCGUACCUUCAGCCAAGAGCAAUGGAUCCAGAAGACAUCACUAUUUCUUGAUCAAAGUUAAAAGGCAGGAAAAUGACGAUCACGAUAAAGGAGUUAACAACGGAAUUGAUUGCCUCACUAAAGAGCUUUUUAUAUCAAGAACUUACAGGGAUUUCAAAAACUUAUCGCACGAUUUGAAAUCUGAAUUUCCAGGGAAGAAAUUCCCACGCUUACCUCAUAGAAACAAAAAGGUCACAUCCAUGGUGACCAGGACUGAAGUUCUACGUAAUGACAGAUUAAAAUCCACAACAAGGGAAAGAAUUGUCAAUACUUUUGAUACUGAUAUGCAGUCAGCAUCAGAGUCCGAAACUUCUUCAUUUUUACAAACGACAAAUGAAUUAUCUGUUACAGAAACGAUCCUCACAGAAAAGGAUACUGAAACUUUGAGAAAAAAUAUUCUGAAUGAAAUCAGAGAGGAAGAGAAUGCUGAUGAUGAAGACGAUGAAGGAGAAGAAAGUGAUUUUGACGAAUACAAAGAUGCAUCGGAUUCAAAAGUUAAUACUUUGGUGGGUGAAAAAAUGAGAACUUCAUUGAGACAAUAUUUAAGGAGUUUGUGUAAAGAUAUGGAGGUUUCUCAAAGUCUCUCUAUCCAUCGAUUCUUUUUAAGUGGGCCCAAUUUGGCUGUAAAGGAUUUGAAUUCGAGAAUAGCGGAGGAUAUCAAAAACAGGGCGCUAAUUGAUGUGAGUAAUUUGGAGAAUCAGAUACUCUUUCAACAGAUGGCAUUAGAAAAGUCUUUAAAACUGCAAGACUCAAUGAAAAAUUUCAAAACAUCCUUAUUAAAAGAUGAAAAAUACUUGAUGAGCCUACUAGGCGAAAUAAAGAAAAACACGAAGGUUGAGAAUUUGUCACCACUUCUGCAAGACUUUGUUGAAUGGUGCAAAAUCUAUAUCUCCUCGAUGAUCUACCAGAUGUUUUUGGGCAACGAUAAUAGUUAUGAAUUUUAUACUCAAAUCAGGCGAUUGCAUAAACUCAUGCCGUACACAGUCAUGGGACAGAUUAUGAAAUUUACUAACCCAAUUGCCGUUAUGAGAGGGAUGAUUGAAUUAUUUAUGGCUCAACCCUUUGGUGGUCACUCGCUUUUGCAAACAAUGUUCUCAACAAUAUUAACAGAUGAUCUGAAGACGCAAAAAUUAGUUAUUAAGGAGUUAGAAAAAAAAAUUGCUGAGAUGGACCCAGGCGCACCAAUUGUCAUUAGGUGCCUGAAAGAUUUUAUCUUUAAUGUAGAUACUAAGGAUAAAGAUGAUAGCGAAUUCUUUACUAUGGAUGCAGUUAAUUCAGAAGCUGAAUCCAUGAACAUGCCUGUACCACUAAUCAUAUUAAUGAAAAGCGCCGCUGUAAAUUUAGUAUCAGAUGAGGUAGUUGCAGGCUUUAUUGAAUCCUACUCUUUAUGGAAAUUCCAAAGAGAAGAUAUGGACAACAUAGUUGAAACUGACGCGAAUCAUUCGGGCAAUUAUUUUGCACAUGUCAAGGACUUAUUGCAAUUGUAUAUUAAAGAGCAUGAUAAACAACUAAUGAGGCAAUUAUGGCAAGAUCCCGAAUUAACCCAAAUGCUAAAGGCAAUUGUAACGAUGAUUUAUGAGCCAAUGGUCAAAAUAUUUAAAAUUGCCAGAAUGGACGUUGCUUUAAAAAAUUUCGAGAAAUUUAUGAGUGAUUUGAUUAAGCUGGUCGAUGAUGUUAUUAAUGGACAGUUAGGGGUCUCUACACAAUUUAACGUCGUGGAAGAAAUUCAUGACUUAGUAACCAAACACCAAGAUGCCUUCUUUGAAUUCAUACACGAUGUUUACUCAAACGAUUCGGAAGGUAUUUUUGAGGGUUUUGUCACCUGGAUUACUAAAAUAGUAAAAUUUUUACAGAAGAGUAAAUUCGGGGAGCCAAAUGAGAGGAUUGACUUCAACGAGUUGAUUCUCAGAGAUAAUAUAGAUGUCGAUGUUGAGCUUUUGAAGACUCAAGUCAAUGGUGUCCUCAAUAAAAAGGUUGGCGCGAGGAAAAUGUACAAGAAGCUAUUGGAUUUGAAGGUUGAACAAGGAGCCAAACAGAAUAAUAAGCACGCAGCAGGUAUGCUUCAAAGGAACUGGAAUGAUAUUAACUCAUUAGUUAUGCCGUCAAGCUCCGGAUCAUUUGGGCUUGGGGAUGGUGACUUGGUAGAUUUGGAUCUUGAUACAGGAGAUUAUGAUUUUCUACACAAAGAAAAUGAAGUUGAAUUGGAAAAGGAAUAUCAAGACUUAUUAAAUCACGUCGUUGACGAGAGUGAAAUUGAUAAAUUGAGAUCGCAGGUCUUCGCACAAGAAUUGAAAAACUAUCUAGAAGCUCAAGCAGUUAAAAAGUAA